CGCAACUUCUGUAGGCUGGCACACUUCCUUCAAUAUUAUUUCUGGGGGAGCGGGGUAAAAGUACUAAAAAAUGUUGCCGAUCCACAACACUGGGACGGACUGAAUGGAGGCAACGUUGUCAGCGAGCGGAGAUAAUAAAUCCGUCUACAGUGCACCGCGACACACACACCGAGCGGCUUGUUGACUUCUCCGUAAACGUCCAGCCCUCGGCCUCCCCAUGCCUCCAUCUCCUCUUGACGACAGAAUUGUGGUGGCGCUGCCAAGGCCGAUCCGACCUCAGGAACUCCAACUACGCCUGGACACCAGCUACCUGGACUCCAUCGCCACCAGCAGCAGCAACAACACAGUUAUUAGCACCACCGUGGUGAAGAUCCGGGCGACGGCCAAUCUUGUAACGUAUAUGCCCUCAUCCAAGGGCUCCACGCGCUCGUUGUCGUGUGGAUGCAGCAGUGCCAGCUGCUGCUCAGUGACUACCUAUGAGAAGGACAGCCAGAGCCUCAACCACAGCCAGGUGAGCGCAAGCAGCCCCAACCUCAGCUAUGCCGGGGCCCCCGCCCCUAUGGUCAGCAACCAUGAAGCAUUAAGCACCCCCAGCCUCACCCCGGGCACCCCGAAGGCCUUGUCAGCCGUGAGGGUCAUCCACCCCAAUGAGCUGGCCAAACGGGUGACCUGCUGCCCCAUGGGACACCCCGUGGGGCCCGUGCCCGUCAUCAUCGACUGCCGGCCCUUCAUGGAGUACAACAAGAGCCACAUCCGGGGGGCGGUGCACAUCAACUGCUCCGACAAGAUUAGCCGGCGGCGGCUGCAGCAGGGCAAGAUCACUGUGCUGGACCUCAUCUCCUGCCGCGAGGGCAAGGACUCUUAUAAGGGCAUCUUCUCCAAAGAGAUUGUGGUUUACGAUGAGAGCACCAUGGACCCCAACCGGCUGACGUUCUCCAUGCCGCUGCAUGUGGUCCUGGAGUCACUGAGGAGGGAGGGCAAGGACCCCAUCAUCCUCAAAGGAGGCCUUAGCUGCUUCAGGCAGAACCACGAGAACCUGUGCGAGCACUCGCUGCACCUUCACGAGGGCAUGGACCACGGUGCUUCUGCUGGCCUGACGGGGCCGCUACCUCACUUCCUGCCCUCCACCCCGGACAUAGAGAACGCAGAGUUGACACCGAUCCUGCCCUUCCUCUAUCUGGGGAACGAGCAUGACGCUCAGGACAUCCACCUGCUGCAGCGCUACAACAUCGGCUACAUCCUAAACGUGACCACCCACCUGCCGCUCUACCACUACGACACGGGCCUCUUCAUCUACAAGCGCCUGCCCGCCACAGACAGCAACAAGCAGAACCUGCGGCAGUACUUCGAGGAGGCGUUUGAAUUCAUCGAGGAAGCACAUCAAGCGGGUAUGGGCCUUCUGAUCCACUGCCAGGCAGGCGUGUCUCGUUCAGCCACCAUCGUGAUCGCCUACCUGAUGAAGCACACCUGGAUGACCAUGACGGACGCCUACAAGUUUGUCAAAACCAGGAGGCCCAUCAUCUCCCCGAACCUCAACUUCAUGGGCCAGCUGUUGGAGUUCGAGGAGGACCUCAACAACGGAAUAACGCCACGAAUCCUCACACCAAAGCUGAUUGGUGUGGAAACCGUCGUCUAAGCGAAACCCACUCGACUAGACGCUCGCACUUGUACUCACUCUCACUGUUUUUUAAAAAGAGAGACCGGCUGCUCUAUGAGCUGCUUUUGAGCGUGAGGGCUGCUGUAUUCUUCUUGAAUAUCCUCACGCUCAUC